AUGGUUGCCGAUGUAGCUGCGAUAGAGUUUGCAGGUCUGCUACUCCAAUUCGCACAAAUCAGCGUCACAUUAUUCCAUCAUGCUCGAGAAGGCUACAGCUCUGCCUCUGGUUCCACAGCUCGCGAUGAAAUCUUGACGGUACACGCAAGCCGAACAAGGGACCUAGCCAAGAGCAUUCUUGAGAAUGACGCGGGCUUGAAAGGUCGCUCAACUGAGCUCAGAGAAAUCACCCGGGCCUCUAAAAAGGCUGCGACGGAGUUGAUCGACUUGCUCGAUACCUUGAGGGUGAAGGUAGAACAUGGCAACAAAAUGUCCCGGAAGUGGAAAAGUUUUGAGCAAGCGUUACGACAUCUAGUGAAUGAAGGGAAGAUUCGCAGACUAGAAGAAAGGCUUGAGAGUCUCUGCAAAGAUUUACAAAUGUUUCUUGCUUUCGCUACCGAGAAAAGACAGGACGAAAUACAUGAAAUUGUCCAGAGUUUGAAAAACCAGAAUGAUAUCUUAGAGGCUAAAACAUUCGGAAAAUUGGAUGAAAUCGUUGAGGGGAUCGACAAAACUACGGAAGUCCUGUGCCAGGACUUGAGCAACACCUACUUCGCACAGAUUGAAGCGUAUCAAGAGGAAGUCAAUCGCUUCCAAGGAGAGGUUCUGCGAGUGAGAAGACAGCAUCAAAUUUUACAGAGUUUGAAGUUUGAUCAAAUCAAGACAAGACAAGCAGCGAUCAAGAAGAGUCACAGAAAUACGUUCAACUGGAUCUUCGAUGAGAAGAACACCACCUUCUCGCGAUGGCUGGAGUCCGAGAAUGGUUUUUAUUGGAUUCGAGGAAAGCCAGGGAGUGGAAAGUCUACUCUGAUGAAAUUUCUCGUUUCCCACCAGACAACCAAAUUGAAGUUACGAAAAUGGGGCAAUGGCUGUACAACUGUAAUGGCCGGCCACUACUUCUGGAAUGCAGGGAAUACCAUGCAAAAGUCUCAGCUUGGCCUUUUGCAAACCCUUCUCUAUGAGGUGUUGAAGGAGAUGCCAGAUCUGAUCGAGCAAGUUUGCAGGUCCCGCUGGUCCUGGCCAGAACCUACCCUUACGGACAUAUGGGACAAAGGUGAACUGCUCACAGCUUUCGACAUGCUCGCCAAACAAACGGAAAUAUCUGCUAAAUUCUGCUUCUUCAUCGACGGAUUAGAUGAGUACACGGAUCGAGCCAAGCGAUACGACGAAACCUUUGAGGAUCUCUUGGUAAUUCUGCAGACCUUUGCCGCCACGCCAGCCUUCAAAAUUUGUGCAUCAAGCCGACCUUGGCAAGCUUUCAUCACUGCAUUCGAUUGUAGCUCCUGGCAACUCAAGAUGGAAGAUAUGACCAAAGAAGACAUCAGCAAAUACGUCACUGACAACCUGCAUAACAACAAGAACUAUAUAGCUCUUGUUGAACAGGAUGACCAUUGCUCACUGGUAGCAAAAGUGAUCGUCACUAGGGCACAAGGUGUGUUUCUAUGGGUCUAUCUUGUGGUCCAAUCUUUGUUGAAUGGCCUGAUGAAUGGAGACGAUUUCAAAGAACUGCUACAGCGAUUGGACAUGAUACCGAACGACCUGAAACAAUACUUCCACCACAUGCUCGAAACGAUUGAACCGGUAUACUGGGAAAGCACCUCUCGUAUCUUCCGGGUCAUGAUUGAAUCCGGUCAGGCGUUGCCCCUCUUGGCUUUCAAGUUCCUCGACCAGGAGAUGGAAAAUCCACAAUAUGCUUUGGAUAUGAAGAUUGAGUCACACGUCGCGAAGGAAAUGAACUCGGUGUUCGAGCCGCUCAAGAAACGUCUAAAUGCGAGGGGCAAAGACUUGCUCUACAUCACAUUAUGUAGAGACAUGAAAUCGCCCUUGCAGCAUCAAGUCGACUUCCUACACAGAACUGUCAGAGACUUCUUCAUUGAUCAGCAGGUUAUCAACCAGAUGAUACGUACAAGAAAGACGCUAAGCUUCAGUCCCGCACUUUCGCUUUGCAGAAUAAUGCUGGGCCUGAGCAAGGCUGUUCCAUUUUCCACCUUGGAACCGGACUUAAACCAUGUUUUCCUGUUUUCCGAUUGUUUAAUGCGUUGUGCUUGUACGGUUCAAGAGGAAUACGAGACAUAUCGCGUCGCUUCGGACGAUCGGUUACACGAUGCUCAAAAUGAUUUGAACCAGACCUUUCGACUACUGGACGAACUGGAAAACACGAAUACGGCUCGCACUGGUGACCUCAGUGCUCACUGGACAAGUUUGAAAGAUAUUCCCAAGGGUGCCUUUCAGGAGCGCAAUCUGAAGAACUUCAUCGGAGCUGCGAUACAAAGUAGAUUGUCCCUGUACGUGAAACAGAAGAUCACACAGAAUAAAGGUCAAAUCCAGACCAAAAGGGGAAGACCGCUACUUGACUACGCCUUGCGGCCAACCAUGGUGACACCUUUACAGCUUCCCAAGCAGGAAGGUCCAGUCCUCGCGACUGUGCAAUUCCUCUUGGAGAAUGGAGCAGAUCCGAAUGAGAAGCUGGAAAUUUAUGGCGGAAAUACUCCGUGGAACUUGUUCCUUUCUGGUUGCUACGAGCAUAGUCUUGAGUCAGAUAAGUGCGACCUUGACAUAGACGAGAUUGCUGGUGCAAUGGAGGCAAUGCUUCUCCAUGGGGCAGACUCGGCGUGCAUGGUAACAGCUGACAGCGGCAAGCAGAUAAAUAUGUUGGAGAUUGCUAAACACAUGGAGCUGCCAGAGUGCCAGGUUCGUCGAAUUCGCAAGGUUAUGAGGGCGAAGGAGGCCAUCCAACAGCCAGGGUUACUUAGGAGACUCAGAACUCUGAUAUGGGGAGAGCUUAAAUAA